GAUUCGACGGCUCCAGCUGGUGCGGGACAGACGCCGCGGCCAGUCAGAGCCCCCGGUGGAGAGAGGGGACAGCGAGCUGCUUGCGGCGGCUCCCGCGGCCAGACCAGCACUCGGCGGGGCAGGUGGGCGUCCCGGCCGGCGCCGGCUGCCGCGCCCCUCCUCGCCACUCGGCACUCGAGUCCGCGGCCAGGCCUUGAUUUUUUGGCGGGGCCCGUCAUGGCGUCCCAGCCCAAUUCGUCCGCGAAGAAGAAAGAGGAGAAGGGGAAGAACAUCCAGGUGGUGGUGAGAUGCAGACCAUUUAAUUUGGCAGAGCGGAAAGCUAGCGCCCAUUCUGUAGUAGAAUGUGAUCAUGUACGAAAAGAAGUUAGUGUACGAACUGGAGGAUUGGCAGAUAAGAGCUCAAGGAAAACAUACACGUUUGAUAUGGUUUUUGGAGCAUCUACUAAACAAAUUGAUGUUUACCGAAGUGUUGUUUGUCCAAUUCUGGAUGAAGUUAUUAUGGGCUAUAAUUGUACUAUUUUUGCAUAUGGCCAAACUGGCACUGGAAAAACCUUUACAAUGGAAGGUGAAAGGUCACCUAAUGAAGAGUAUACUUGGGAGGAGGAUCCCUUGGCUGGUAUAAUUCCACGUACUCUUCAUCAAAUUUUUGAGAAACUUACUGAUAAUGGUACUGAAUUUUCCGUCAAAGUAUCUCUGUUGGAAAUUUAUAAUGAAGAACUUUUUGAUCUCCUUAAUCCAUCUUCUGAUGUUUCUGAGAGACUACAGAUGUUUGAUGAUCCCCGUAACAAGAGAGGAGUGAUAAUCAAAGGUUUGGAAGAAAUUACAGUACACAACAAGGAUGAAGUCUAUCAAAUUUUGGAGAAGGGGGCGGCAAAACGGACAACUGCAGCAACUUUGAUGAAUGCGUACUCUAGUCGUUCCCACUCAGUUUUCUCUGUUACAAUACAUAUGAAAGAAACUACAAUUGAUGGAGAAGAGCUUGUUAAAAUUGGAAAGUUGAACUUGGUUGAUCUUGCAGGAAGUGAAAACAUUGGCCGUUCUGGAGCAGUUGACAAGAGAGCUCGGGAAGCUGGAAAUAUCAAUCAGUCCCUGUUGACUUUGGGAAGGGUUAUUACUGCCCUUGUAGAAAGAACACCUCAUGUUCCUUAUCGAGAAUCUAAACUAACUAGAAUCCUCCAGGAUUCUCUUGGGGGACGUACAAAAACAUCUAUAAUUGCAACAAUUUCUCCUGCGUCUCUCAAUCUUGAGGAAACUCUGAGUACGUUGGAAUAUGCUCAUAGAGCAAAGAACAUAAUGAAUAAGCCUGAAGUUAACCAGAAGCUCACCAAGAAAGCUCUUAUUAAGGAAUAUACAGAAGAGAUAGAGCGUCUGAAACGAGAUCUUGCUGCAGCCCGUGAAAAAAAUGGGGUGUACAUUUCUGAAGAAAAUUAUAGAGCCAUGAGUGGAAAACUAACUGUUCAAGAAGAACAGAUUGUAGAAUUGAUUGAAAAAAUCAGUGCCAUCGAGGAGGAGCUAAGCAGGGUUACAGAAUUGUUUAUGGAUAAUAAAAAUGAACUUAACCAGUGUAAAUCUGACCUGCAAAAUAAGACACAGGAACUUGAAACCACUCAGAAACAUUUACAAGAAACUAAAUUACAGCUUGUUAAAGAAGAAUAUAUCACAUCAGCUUUGGAAAGUACUGAAGAGAAGCUUCAUGACGCUGCCAGCAGGUUGCUUAACACAGUUGAAGAAACUACAAAAGAUGUAUCUGGUCUUCAUUCCAAACUGGAUCGUAAGAAAGCAGUUGAUGAGCACAAUGCAGAAGCUCGAGAUAUUUUUGGCAAAAACCUGAAUAGUCUGUUUAAUAGUAUGGAGGAAUUAAUUAAGGAUGGCAGCUCAAAACAAAAGGCCAUGCUAGAAGUUCACAAGACCUUGUUUGGUAACCUGCUGUCUUCCAGUGUCUCUGCAUUAGAUGCCAUUACUACAGCAGCACUCGGAUCUCUCACGUCUAUUCCAGAAAAUGUGUCUACAUGUGUUUCUCAGAUUUCUAACAUCAUGUUAGAAGAACAAUCAUUAGCAGCAGAAAGUAAAACUGUACUUCAGACAUUGAUUAAUAUACUUAAGACUGAUCUUCUAAGUUCACUGGAAACAGUUUUAUCCCCGACUGUGGUGUCUAUACUGAAAAUCAAUAGCCAGCUAAAGCAUAUUUUCAAGACUUCAUUGACAGUGGCUAAUAAGAUAGAAGAUCAGAAAAAAGAAAUGGAUGGCUUUCUUAGUACAUUGUGUAGCAAUCUACAUGAACUGCAAGAAAAUACAGUAUCUUCCUUGGAUGAGUCACGGAAGCUGUGUGAAAACUUAACUGAAGCCCUGAAGACGUUAAAGGAGAUCCAUUCACAGGAACUUGGCCAGUUAAUCAAUCUUUGGGCAGAGAGGUUCUGUGCUUUGGAGGAAAAGUGUGAAAACAUCCAGAAACCACUUAACAAUGUCCAAGAAAAUACAGAGCAGAAAUCUAAGGGUAUGAUCAGCAAAGCAGCUUUUCAUAAGACAAAAUUUUGUGCUGAUUCUGAUGGCUUGUCACAGGAACUCAGACAUUUUAACCAGGAAGGUACAAAAUUGGCUGAAGAGUCUGUGGAACACUGUGAUAAACUCAGUAGCAACCUUGAAAUAAUAUCUCAAGAGACUGGAGAGAAAUGUGAGGCUCUGAACAGAGGCACACUUUGUUUCUCUGAACAGUGGGUAUCUUGCUUAAAUAAAAGGGAAGAGGAGCUUCAGAACUUAGUGGAGGUUGUAAACCAAGGUUGUGAGGCUUCAAGUUCAGAGAUUACUGAAAAAUUGAGUGGACAUAAAGCAGCUAAUGAGAACCAGCGUAACAUUUUUCUUGGUCAGAUAACUAUUGAUGAAGAAAACUUAAUGGCACAAAGUCUAAAACUUAAUGAAACCAUAAAAGCUGGUUUGACUAAGCUUAAUUGCUUUCUACAACAGGAUCUGAAACUGGAUAUCCCAACAGGUACGACACCACAGAGGAAAAAUUAUUUAUACCCAUCAACACUGGUGAGAACCGAACCGCGUGAACAGCUACUUGAUCAGUUGAAAAGGAAACAGCCUGAGCUGUUAAUGAUGCUAAACGGUUCAGAAAACAACAAAGAAGAGACUAGUCAGGACUUGGAUGAAGAAAAGGCAGUUCUGGGGCACACUAUUGAAGAACCUCUAAGUCAAGAGCUGUCUGUAGAUGCUGGUGUGGUUUGUUCAUCAAGUGGUGGGGUUCCGUUUUUCCAGCAUAAAAAAUCACAUGGAAAAGACAAAGAAAACAGAGGCAUUAAUCCAGUGGAGAGGUCUAAAGUGGACGAGACGACAGAGCAAUCUGUUACAAAGAGCAGAUUCCCAUUACGAGCCCAGAUAAAUCUCUAGUUAACUUGAGGAUUGGUGAUUUUAUUUUUAAGAAAAAUGAAAAAUAAAAUCUAUAACCUUAGAACUUGAGCCUUGUGUACAGAUUAAAAACAAAUAGAAAAUAUCAAGGCAGUACUGUAAAUUUAGUUGAAUUUAAAAUGUCUACCCAUUUUUCUGUCAUCCCUCUAGUUCAUUAUGUAUUCAGUUGGGUUUCAUUUGGGAUUUACAUUGAGUAAAUAUGUAUUUCUAGCUUUUGAUAUAAAAUAGCCCUUUCAUAACAAAUGAAAAAAUACUUUUCUUGUAUUUUACUAAAUAGCUAUAUAGCAGCCGCACUGUUCUUCUAGGCUUGAACUUACAUAGGUCAGUGUCACCAGUGCUUGGUCUUGGGAAGGCCCAGCUCCUUUCUUUUCUUGCUAUGAUUAUGUCUGUAUUUACUUGCCUCCUUCCCUAGACUUUUCCGUUCUGCCUUCUCAGCUCACUUUCUUUUUUAUUUGUCACCCAACCAUUUGUAGAGCUGUGAAAGUGUAUCUGUUCUUACUAUGAGAUAGCCAGAAUUUUACCUAGGAAUCUUUAACACUUUUCUGUGGUUCUCUCUCAAAUUACUGUCAACAAUAAACAUAACCCUAGAAGUAUCCCUUCCUUCAAUAUUUUUGUUUCCCCCUAGAUGAGGCCUAACACAUUAGCCCCCACAGAGUUCAUACAAAGCCAGCUUCUCCAGAGUAUAGAUUGCUAUUACAGGAGAACUACAUACAGCUCUGAUUAAUGGCUCUGUGGCCCCAUUUUGAGGCUUUUGUCUUAUGCAGAAGGUCACAGUGAUUUAAGGGCUUUGUGAUGUUAUUAAUUAUGACCAUAACUUAUAUUCUUUGUUUACCUGAUGAAACUUUGUUGUUCUUUGUAUAUAAUAAAAUAUGUAUAUAUAUUUUUUUCUCUAUUGAAAUCUUAACCCAUAGAAGGGCCCUGACAAUUUUGAUCCUAGCAGUCAAAUUUCUGGAAGUUGAGACUUUUCAGCAUGAAGAACCAGAACACUUAGAAGGAAUUAUAUGCAAAGAAUAAAUUUUGUGCCCAAAUCAAGUUACAUGUAUAAAUUUAGAGAGAUUUGACUUUGAUAGCUAAGUAGAACCAAACCCUGUUGAAGAGUUCGAAAAGGCGCUACUUCGAGGAACUAAAUUUACUUUGCGGAAGUAUUAAUUAUCUUAAUAAAAAUAAUGAUAUAAUUUCUCUGCAAAAUCACUUGUCAACAUAAGCUGUGGAUAAUACCUAAUAAAAUAAACUGCCCUCAGUAACUCCAUGAUUAAUAAAUUUGGUUUCUACAUUAA